AUGUCUCGUUCAAAACUUCUGGUGGUAAGGGACGCUUCCGCCGCGGAGCUCCCCAAACAGAGGCCGAGCAACUCUCGCAAGCACAAACCCUCAAAAGAGAACGACCCUCCCUCAGAUCCCAAUAUUUUCGCUGUCGCUGCUUCCGAUUCAAAGCCUUCGCCGGCCAAAUUGAAGAGCCCCCUGCCUCCAAGACCUCCUUCUUCCAAUCCACUGAAGAGGAAGCUCAGCGCCGAUGCUUUUGCUGACAACUCGGUCCCCACCGGAUCCUCCGAUUCCGGCGUUAGGGUUGUUGUGAGGAUGAGGCCACUGUGCAAGGACAAGGAUGAAGAGGAUCCUAUAGUUCAGAAGAUCUCUGAUGAUUCGGUGUCGAUCAAUGGCCAGACUUUCACCUUUGAUUCGGUUGCAGAUAUGGAAGCUACGCAGCUGGAUAUUUUCGAGCAUGUUGGGGUGCCUCUGGUUGAGAAUUGCUUGGCUGGUUUCAAUAGUUCAGUGUUUGCUUAUGGACAGACUGGGAGUGGAAAGACUUAUACAAUGUGGGGUCCUGCUAAUGCUUUAUCGGAGGAAAAUGCAGCCAGCGAACAACGGGGUCUUACACCCCGUGUCUUUGAGAGACUAUUUGCACGCAUAAAUGAAGAGCAAACUAAGCAUUCAGACAAACAACUCAGCUACCAGUGCCACUGCUCUUUUCUUGAGAUAUACAAUGAACAAAUCACGGAUCUUUUAGAUCCAAAUCAAAGAAACCUACAGAUAAGGGAAGAUGUUAAAUCUGGUGUUUAUGUAGAAAACCUUACGGAGGAGCAAGUGUCAACCAUGAAGGAUGUAACUCGUCUUUUAAUAAAGGGAUUCACAAACAGAAGAGUAGGUGCAACCAGUAUAAAUUCUGAGAGUUCUCGCUCACAUACUGUUUUUACUUGUGUUGUUGAAUUUCGAUGCAAGAGCUCAGUAGAUGGUACAAGCAGAUUUAAAACAAGUAGAAUCAAUCUUGUUGAUCUAGCUGGAUCAGAAAGACAAAAAUUGACUGGUGCUGCAGGGGAGCGUUUGAAGGAAGCCGGCAAUAUCAAUAGAUCACUCUCACAGCUUGGGAAUCUGAUAAAUAUUCUUGCAGAAAUUUCUCAGACAGGAAAGCAGCGCCAUAUACCAUAUAGAGACUCCAGGUUGACAUUUUUAUUGCAGGAGUCUCUUGGAGGAAAUGCAAAAUUAGCAAUGAUUUGUGCUAUUUCUCCAGCACAAAGUUGUAGAAGUGAAACUUUCAGUACACUGAGAUUUGCACAACGUGCCAAAGCUAUCAAGAACAAGGCAGUUGUUAAUGAAGUCAUGCAGGAAGAUGUCAACCAAUUGCGAGAAGUGAUACGACAAUUAAGGGAUGAGCUGCAUCGAAUCAAAGCAAAUGGUUACAAUCCAUCAGACUCAAGUGGAGGUCAUUCAGCAGCUUGGAUUCGAAGAAGCUUGAAUUUAUUACAGUCUAGCCUCAGUCGGCCUCUACAAUUAUCUCGCGUUGAUGAAGAUGGUGAUGAAGAGAUGGAGAUUGAUGAGGAAGGUGUUCGUGACCAUGAUGCUGUUUCCUGCAGUGCCACUAUGUUGGAUAAUUGCAAUCUUGCACAAAAUGACAAGGAGCAGGAUAUGGGUGAAUCCGUAGGAGAUUUUACUGGUUUUUCAGCCCCUAAAACGUCCAGUGAUUCUCCUAGUGCUACAAUGGAUUGUGUCACCCCAGAUAGUCUCAGCAUAGUUCCUUGUGAUUCAUCCCCAUUACUUAAAUCCCCAACUCUCAGUAUUUCUCCUAGGCUCAGCAGUGGAAGGAAAAGUCUGCGGAUGUCAUCAGUGGUCUCCCCUUCUGAGAAUGACCUUGAUGUUGAAAGUGAGAUGGGAAUUAAAACUGGGAAUCAGAAAAGCUCAUCCGCUGCCUUUUCAACUCAGACAGAUCCAAAUUUCCUUUCUAAAACAGAAAACUUAGCAGCAAGCAUACGGCAUGGUCUUGAAAUUCUUGAUGGCCAUCGUCGUAGUGCUGCUUUGAGGCAUUCAUCAUAUAGGUUUUCAUUACUACCAAGAGAAUCCAGAUUAGUUGUUCCAGCUAACAGAGUUGAUGUUGGAGUGCAGACUUUUCUUGAUGAUACUGUCAAAGAAGAUUCUUCUGUAUUCACAUGUAGUAAUUGUAAAAACAGAAUGCAAGUUGAUGCUGAUGAAGCUGACAAUAACUCAAACCUACAGUUGGUACCCGUUGAUUGUCCUAACUCAAGCCUAGAGUUGGUACCUGUUGAUAACCUUGGGUCCGCUGAUAAGUCGAAGAAGCAUGUUCUGAAAGCAGUAGAAAAGGUUUUGGCAGGAUCUAUAAGGAGAGAAAUGGCACUUGAAGAAUUCUGUGCAAAGCAGAACUAUGAGCUAAUGCAGCUUAACCGCCUGGUGCAACAGUACAAACAUGAGAGGGAGUGCAAUGCCAUAGUAGCACAAACAAGGGAAGAUAAAAUUCUUCGCCUUGAGAGCCUCAUGGAUGGUGUUUUACCCUCCGAGGACUUCAUGGAUGAAGAACAUCUGGCCCUUGUCCAUGAACACAAGCUUUUAAAGGAGAAGUUCAAGAAUCAUCCCGAAGUUUUGAAGAUGCAGAUAGAGUUAAAAAGGGUAAGAGAUGAACUAGAACAGUAUCAGAGUUUCUACAAAUUGGGUGAGAGGGAAGUGUUGAUGGAAGAAAUACAAAGUUUAAGAAGCCAGCUUCAGUUUUACGUUGAUUCUUCAUCUCAAUCUGGAAGGAAGCAAUAUCCCCUGUUGCAGUUAACUAGUUCCUCCCAACCUAGAUUGUCAGCAACACUCACAGCCAUCCCAGAGUCAACAGAUGAGAAAGCUGAAACAGAUGAAAUUCCAGAGUCAACAGGGGAGGAGAGGGCUGAGGCCAAUGAAAUUCCAGCAUCAUCAGAGGAGAGCUCUGAAGCGAUACUUGAAAGAGAAAGAAUUAAAUGGACUGAGGCAGAAAGCAGAUGGAUUUGUCUUUCUGAGGAAUUGAGAGCUGAGCUUGAAUCUAACAGAUUGCUAGCUGAAAAGAGGAAGCAGGAAUUGGAUGCCGAGAGGAAGUGUAGUGAGGAACUUCAGGAAGCAAUGCAUAUGGCUAUAGAAGGCCAUGCAAGGCUUCUCGAACAGUAUGCAGAUUUGGAAGAGAAACAUAUCCAAUUGCUUGCGAGGCAUAGAAACAUGCAGCAAGGAAUUGAGGAUGUCAAGAAAGCAGCCUCCAGGGCAGGAGUAAGAGGUGCAGAGUCUAAGUUCAUAAAUGCCCUUGCUGCGGAAAUUUCAGCAUUAAAAGCAGAAAGAGAAAAAGAAAGGCGAAUCCUAAGGGAUGAAAACAGAGGCCUUCAAUCCCAAUUGAAGGAUACUGCUGAAGCAAUGCAAGCUGCAGGUGAAUUGCUUUUGCGGCUUAAAGAAGCAGAAGAAGCUGUCACUACUGCACAGAAACGUACAAUGGAUGCAGAACUGGAAGCUACAAAGGCCUAUAAACAAAUGGAGAAGCUUAAGAAGAAACACGAAAAGGAAAUCAGUGAACUCAAUAUUCAGCUCAAAGAAACACGUGCGAAAGAAUUGAUGCGACCAGCCUAUGAUGAUGACAUUGUAAUGCCCAUAUAUGAUGAGCCACAUAGUAGUAGUGUUCAUGAUCUUGAGCACUUUGAUAAUACAGAGGAUGGGGAGUUUGAAAAACUAGCAGAACCAUCAUGGUUUUCUGGCUAUGAUAGAUGCAACAUAUAGAAGAGAUAAUCACACCUUUUUUGUAUGUCCCUGUUACAAAGUUUGUUGAUAAAUGAUUGUAUUCUAUUCUUUCGUUCUUACUCUUUGUGAGCAUAAAUGAGUUUGUCUCUUGCUUGCUCCGAAGAGAGAUUUGUGUAAUAGAAAUGUGACUUUUACAUGUCUCAUGUCUGAUGUGAUAAUCAAAGGCCCUUUAUGAUAUGUAUCUAUGUAAGAGGUUAUGAAAAUGAAUGAACCAUGAGGAAGCAACUGUACCGACAUAUUAAAUAUUGAAAGGGAUUUUUCCAAGGCUUUGAUUUUUUGU